CAGCAGCUGCUGAGGAUGGUGGUUCUGCACCUCGCCUUUUCAGCCCUCCCUGAACUUUGCUAGUGAAUGCAGCGAGCUGACAGCCCCCUCGGCAUCCCUUCUGGGGUGGAUCCUGCAACCGCAAUGGCCCUUCAGCAGAAGGAAUAGUCCGGGCGCGGAGAGAGGUGAAUAAAGCAAAAAACAAAACAAAACAAAAAAACCCCCAAAACCCGUUGGCAAGUCCGAGCAAGGGGAUGAAUUCUGGAGAGUGUCAGAGCAGAGGGGAUGGUUGCCAUCCUCUCCCCGCCCCUGCCGCCGCCUUCCUCGUCUCUGAAUGAAUUGCCUUGGAGCGAGUGGAAAUUGCAGCUUCUUCCUUGAGUCUAGUGACACAGUUGCUUGCUUCAACCGAGCUCCAGAACACAGCCGAGUUAACGCCUCACUGGAGUGUAAACAAUUGACUUGGAGAGGGAUUUCAGUUUUUCUUGCUUAUUUUUAUAACACUUGCCGGCAGAAGAAGAAGAAUGACUGUUUUUCUGGAGAGAUCCCUGAAUUUCUCCUGAAGGAUUUCCCACAAGAUACUUAAGGAGGGAGGGAAUCUAAGUACCUGGGGGAGUGAAAAGUGGAACUUCUGAGCUUUCAGAUUAUUGGUUUGUUAGCUAGUUGGAGAAGCACCUUUUGAAACAAAGGGCACCUUCAUUAUUCUGGGACAGGAUGGCAGCUAAAGAACUUUUAAUCUUGGCAUUGUCUGGUGUUCUUCUAGACUUGUGGACUGCAUGCCACAAUACAGGAUACAAAUCAGAUACAAGUCAGCCAAGGUUACGCCUGUCACAUAAAGAGCUCUGGGAUUUGAACAGAACAUCAGUCUUUCAUAGCCCGUCUGGAUACCUUGGUCUUCGUGUCAUGCUUCUGGAUGAGUAUCAAGACCGGCUCUUUGUGGGAGGAAAGAACCUGAUAUAUUCCCUCAGUUUAGAUCGAGUCAGUGAGGAUUACAGAGAGAUUCAUUGGCCUAGUACAUCCCUGCAAGUGGAAGAAUGCACAAUUAAAGGACGAUAUACUGAGGAAUGUGCAAAUUACAUCCGAGCCCUGCACCGAUACAACAGAACACAUCUUCUGGCCUGUGGGACAGGGGCUUUUGAUCCAAUCUGUGCUUUUAUUAGAGUUGGCCAUAAGUCAGAGGAUCAUCUGUUUCAAGUAGAAGCUCACAGAUUUGAGAGAGGGCGUGGCAGGUGCCCAUUUGACCCCAGUUCCUCAUUCAUCUCCACUUUAUUUGGUGGCGAAUUGUUUGCUGGGCUAUACAGUGACUACUGGGAAAGGGAUGCUGCUAUUUUCCGCACAAUGGGUCACAUGGCGCACAUACGGACUGAACCAGAUGAUGACCGUCUGCUGAAAGAACCUAAAUUUAUUAGUUCCUAUAUUAUUCCUGACAAUGAAGACCGAGAGGAUAACAAGGUGUACUACUUCUUUACUGAGAAAGCAUUGGAGGCAGAGACAGGAGCUCAUGCUAUCUACUCCAGAGUGGGAAGAAUGUGUGCAAAUGAUAUGGGUGGACAACGGAUGUUGGUGAAUAAAUGGACCACCUUCCUCAAAACCAGACUGAUCUGCUCUGUGCCAGGGAUGAAUGGCAUUGACACACAUUUUGAUGAGUUAGAGGAUGUAUUUUUGCUUCACACUCGGGAUAACAAAAACCCAGUUAUAUUUGGACUUUUUAACACUACAAGCAACAUAUUCCGAGGUUAUGCUAUAUGUGUCUAUCAUAUGGCUAGUAUUCGGGCAGCUUUUAAUGGACCAUAUGCUCAUAAAGAAGGUCCUGAAUACCACUGGUCCAUGUAUGAAGGAAAAGUUCCAUACCCAAGACCUGGCUCAUGUGCCAGCAAGGUAAAUGGAGGUCUGUACGGGAGCACCAAGGACUACCCAGAUGAAGCAAUCCAUUUUGCUCGCAGUCACCCACUGAUGUACCAGCCUGUUAGACCUGUUCAUAAGAGACCAGUCCUUGUGAAAACAGAUGGGAAAUACAAUCUCAAACAAAUAGCAGUAGACAGAGUGGAAGCAGAUGAUGGGCAAUAUGAUGUCUUAUUUAUUGGGACAGAUAAUGGGAUUGUACUGAAAGUCAUUACAAUUUACAAUCAAGACACAGAAUCGAUGGAGGAAGUGAUUCUUGAAGAGUUACAAGUGUUCAAAGUGCCAGUUCCUGUUAUAUCCAUGGAAAUUUUUUCAAAAAGGCAACAAAUUUAUGUUGGAUCGGAGUCUGCUGUUGCACAAUUAAAAUUAUAUCAGUGUGACAUGUAUGGAACAGCCUGUGCAGACUGCUGCCUAGCAAGGGAUCCUUACUGUGCUUGGGAUGGGAUCUCCUGUUCCAGAUACUACCCAACAGGAACACAGGCAAAGAGACGUUUCCGCCGACAAGAUGUUCGUCAUGGAAACGCCGCUCAGCAGUGCUUUGGCCAGCAAUUUCUUGGAGAAGCCCUGGAUAAGAUUGAAGAGCGGCUGGUAUAUGGAAUAGAAUACAACAGCACUCUGCUUGAAUGCACCCCAAGAACAUUGCAAGCAAAAGUGAUCUGGUUUGUACAGAGAGUGCACGAGACCAGAAAGGAAGAGGUGAAGACUGAUGACAGGAUACUCAAGGUGGAACUUGGCCUCUUAUUUUUAAGGUUACACAGGAUGGAUGCUGGGACAUAUUUCUGCCAAACAGUGGAACACAGCAUCAUUCAUACGGUGAGAAAAAUCACACUUGAAGUUGUGGAAGAAGACCGUGUAGAUGACAUGUUCAACAAGGACUAUGAGGAGGAUUUAUCUCAUAAGAUGCCAUGUUCUGCACAGAGCAGCAUCCUCCAUGGCUCAAAGCCAUGGUACAAGGAAUUCUUGCAGCUAAUAGGUUAUAGCAACUUCCAGAGAGUGGAGGAGUACUGUGAAAAAGUAUGGUGCACAGAUAAGAAAAGGAAAAAGUUGAAGAUGUCUCCAUCCAAAUGGAAGUAUGCUAACCCACAAGAGAAGAAGACCCGGAUCAGAUCCGAGCAUUACCGUGUUCCUAGGCAUACUGCUGACUCUUGAUGGGGGGUGGAAUCCAUUCAUUCAAGAAAGCAUUUUUGUUUGGACCUAAGGGAAGAGAAAUCAGUUUUGGAUUUGGUAAUUUAU